UGCUUGGGCCAGCUCCUCCUAACCUUUUUGCACCAGCCGGCCCGCCGACACCGCCCGCCAUGAGCUUGGCCGACAUCCUCCCUCCGUCCCUCAAUCUUCCCCCGCAUCUAUCGGCUCACAAGUACUUCUUCGUCUGCACGCUUACGGUGGCGGCAUGGGACACGCUCGUCCUCUCGCCCCGUACAUGGCGUCUCUUCAAGACAGCUGAAUGGCCGGUCCUGAAGAUAAUCUACCACUUCCUCAGGAUUUUCAUGCCCAUCGAAUUCACAAUCGUCGGUGUCGCAUUCUUUGAUACGAAAUGGUCGCAGGACAGAUGCCAGAACUUCUUCCUGUUCGAGCCUAUUUGCACCGCCAUUCUCCUCGCGGCCUGCUCUGCCGUUCACGUCAUUCGCAUUCAUGCCAUCUAUGACAAGAGCCGCGCCGUCCUGGGUGGCAUGAGCGCUUUGCUCGCCCUCCAGAUUGUUGCGACAGCCGUUUGCUGUGCCUUCUACCGCUCCACUCCACUGCUGGAAGGACAGGGAUGUAUCGCCGAGCCGAAGCACAAAUGGGUUGGCGUUUACUGGGUUGCGCCUACGCUGCUCUAUACUGCAUCUCUGCUCCUCGCGGUGAACCGCUCCAUCAAAUCGCUUGAGAUCAAGCAGGUCACGCCGUGGCGCUUGAUGCUUCGCGAUGGCCUGAACCUGUACGGCGCUAUCUGGGCCGUGAACAUGGUCAACAUGCUCUUCUGGUUCAUUAUCACCCCCACCGGGCCUGAAGAUCCCAUUCGCACGAUUGUGACGAGCAUGGCCGCCGUACUCACGACGUCGAUGACCCUCCGCAUCAUCCUGUCUGUCCGCGGUUCGCUUGCGUCGGGCGGCACCUUCCACGGCGCUCACUCGACUGCUCACACUGGGACCGGCUCUGGUUCCCGCAGCACGCACGUCAUCUCGACUCCUCGCACCGGCAGUGUGCCGCCCCAUGUGUCGACGAACGGUCGUGCCCAGACCUACACCCUCGACGUUGGCAAGGAAACCUCGCAGUGGGUCGACGCCCCGGAGAUCGACGGGAAGAGCAGUGUUCGUGACAAGGAUGAUAUCUAUGGCAUCCCUCCGGUUCCGCAGGAUGACCGCGGCGUCAAGAUCACUGUCGACACCGAGGUGGAUUACGGCUCGCCCUAUGUCAGGAAGUAACCGGGCAAAAUGUUCGAUCUGUGAUCAUAGCGUUGGCACCGCAGGUGGAGAUUCGUUCUCGGUGUCGUGUAUUAGUCGAUUCUUGGGUCGAUCCUUACUGUUUGGUUUCCAUAUUGUUUAUCUAUUAUUACCUGCCUGUACGAUCAGAUCGCCCUAUACCUACAUAUGAACUUCGAUAUAGCAGCUGGUUUGACCCACUGGCAACGCAGUCAGGCUUCACGGUGCC